AUGAUCGAAUUAUCCUGGUUGCUUGUGGUGCACUGCCCCACUCCUCAUGAUUGUAGUCAGCUAAGUGAUAAAUUCUUUAUUUGUAUUAAUUUCCUUUCUCUGUCUCUCCUCUCUCUCUCUCUCUCUCCUCUCUCUCUCUCUGUAUAUCUAUCUAUCUAUCUAUCUAUCUAUCUAUCUAUCUAUCUAUCUAUCUAUCUAUAUUCUAUUUAUUUAUUUAUUUGUUUCUAUCUUUUCAUUUUGAUCAUAUCUAUCUAUCUAUCUAUCUAUCUAUCUAUCUAUCUAUCUAUCUAUCUAUCUAAGUAUGAUUCUAUCUAUCUCAAUCUGAUUCUAUCUAUCUAUCUAUCUAUCUAUCUAUCUAUCUAUCUAUAUCUGCUACUCUCUGUUCAUCUAUAUCUCUUUCAGUCUGUUUCUAUCUAUCUAUCUAUCUAUCUAUCUAUCUAUCUAUCUAUCUAUCUAUCUCAGUCUAAUUUUAUCUAUCUCAAUCUGAUUCUAUCUAUCUAUCUAUCUAUCUAUCUAUCUAUCUAUCUAUCUAUCUCAUCUUAUCUCCAACUUGUUGAUUGCAAUUUGACGUUAUCUAUUUCUUCCUGUUUAGGGCGUAUGAGGUUCUUCAGAGUAGCUAAGGCGGGCGCAGAAGCACCCUCGACCCUCCAUCUACUUUCCACGCCUUACAGCAUCUUCCUAUUUUAUAUCCUCCCCCUCCAGCCCGUGCGUCGGCCCGCUCGCUUCUUCCCGCCAACUGGCGCACGGCACGCCAUGCUGGACAUAUCUAUCUAUCUGUUCAUUUCCGUACAUCUACGAAGGAGUGUUGAUUUCUAUGUUUACAAUCUAUCUAUCUAUCUAUCUAUCUAUCUAUCUAUCUAUCUAUCUAUCUAUCUAUCUAUCUAUCCGUUCAUUUCCGUACGUCUACGACCUUUCUAUGUGAAUUCGUUCCUAUCUAUCUAUCUAUCUAUCUAUCUAUCUAUCUAUCUAUCUAUCUAUCUAUCUAUCAUUUCAUUCAUUUCCGUACGUCUACGACCUAUCUAUAUAUGUGAAUUCGUUUCUAUCUAUCUAUCUAUCUAUCUAUCUAUCUAUCUAUCUAUCUAUCUAUCUAUCUAUCUAUCUAUCUAUCCGUUCAUUUCCGUACAUCUACGAAGGAGUGUUGAUUUCUAUGUCUACGAUCUAUCUAUCUAUCUAUCUAUCUAUCUAUCUAUCUAUCUAUCUAUCCUUUCAUUCAUUUCCGUACGUCUACGACCUAUCUAUCUAUGUGAAUUCGUUUCUAUCUAUCUAUCUAUCUAUCUAUCUAUCUAUCUAUCUAUCUAUCUAUCUAUCUAUCUGUUCCUUUCUGUACAUUUACAAAGGGCGUCUUCUUCUUCUUCUUCUUCUUCUUCUUCUUCUUCUUCUAUGCUCGAAUCUAUUCCUUUUCUGAUGCAACCUCUACUCCUUUCACACUCAGAAACCUCUACUCCUUUCACACACCCAGUAACCUCUAUUCCUUUCACAUACCCGGCAACCUCUACUCCUUUCACACUCAGAAACCUCUACUCUUUUCACACACCCAGUAACCUCUAUUCUUUUCACAUACCCGGCAACCUCUACUCCUUUCACACUCAGAAACCUCUACUCCUUUCACACACCCAAAACCUCUACUCCUUUCACACACCCAGUAACCUCUAUUCCCUUUUUCACAUACCCGGCAACCUCUACUCCUUUCACACUCAGAAACCUCUACUCCUUUCACACACCCAGUUACCUCUAUUCCUUUCACAUACCCGGCAACCUCUACUCCUUUCACACUCAGAAACCUCUACUCCUUUCACACACCCAGUAACCUCUAUUCGUUUCACAUACCCGGCAACCUCUACUCCUUUCACACUCAGAAACCUCUACUCCUUUCACACACCCAGUAACCUCUAUUCCUUUCACAUACCCGGCAACCUCUACUCCCUAUCACACUCAGAAACCUCUACUCCUUUCACACCCAGUAACCUCUAUUCUUUUCACAUACCCGGCAACCUCUACUCCUUUCACACUCAGAAACCUCUACUCCUUUCACACACCCAGUAA